GAUGUGUCAAAAAUGGGCUUUGACUUGAAACUUAAUCUGCUGUGAAUGUGGGUGUAUUGUUUUGUUCCAAACCUGAUGGUUCACUGGGUACAAUCUAAAAGUCACAGCUUCCUUGUGAAAUUACUGCACUGUAGUCUCUGUUCAAAGCUUGUACUAAACAGUUUUGAUGCUCACUUAGCUGUAAAUUGGAUAUGCAGAAAGGGUUGUGUCAAGAUCAGCACGUGAUCCUGUGGUUAAAGGGAGACCAUAAGUAAGAGAAGAUGAGACUGGUUGUUCGAGUUAACUCAGCUGCCUUGACAUAGAAACAGCACUGUAACCGAGACAUUACUAUCUUCAGGUGAAAACAUGGAUGAGCCGUUUACAACUUUAAUGACCACAUCAUCUAAACAUGUUGAAACUGACUAUUCUACCUUUGACUAUGACCCAGGGCCGACUGAAAGCACAGGCAUGUGUAACAGAGGAUGGGUCAGGAACUUCCGUGGGCAGUAUGAACCACCUCUGUUCUGGAUCAUCUUCAUCCUCGGUGCUGUGGGUAACCUGUUGGUGGUUUGGAUCUACACCACUGUACGCAACCGCCUGAAAACAAUGACUGAUGUGUACCUGCUGAACCUGGCUGUGGCUGACCUCCUCUUCCUGUGCAUGCUGCCCUUCUGGGCCGUCGAAGCCACCAAGGGCUGGGACUUUGGGGUCUCCCUCUGCAAAAUGGUGUCUGCCGUCUACAAGAUCAACUUCUUCAGCAGCAUGCUCCUGCUCACCUGCAUCAGCGUGGACCGCUACAUUGCUAUUGUACAAGUCAUCAAGGCCCAGAACCUGAAGAAAAAGAGACUCUUUUACAGCAAACUCGCCUGCCUGGGUGUCUGGUUUGUCUCCACCGUCCUGGCCCUGCCUGAGUUUAUCUUUGCUCAGGUGAAGUCAGACCGAGAAGGGCGGUCCUUCUGUGCUUUGGUCUACUGGAACAACACAAACAACCGGACUAAGAUCCUGGUGCUGUCCCUGCAGAUCUGCAUGGGCUUCUGCCUUCCUCUACUAAUUAUGUUCUUUUGUUACUCUGUCAUCAUUCGCACACUUCUGCAGGCCAAGAGCUUUGAAAAGCACAAGGCCUUGCGUGUCAUCUUCACUGUGGUGUGUGUGUUUGUCCUCUCUCAGCUGCCUUACAAUAGCCUGCUGAUAGUGGAGGCCUCACAGGCAGCUAAUACUACUAUCACAGACUGUAAAAUGUUAAUGCGCUUUGAUGUAGCUGGACAGGUAGCCAAGAGCCUGGCAUUCACUCACGCCUGCCUGAACCCGUUCCUGUACGUCUUUAUCGGAGUCCGGUUCAGACAAGACCUCCUGAGGAUUAUGAGGAUGUGUGCUGGCAGUCUGGGCAAAGGAGGGUUCAAUAAAGUAAGCACAACUCCCAAGCGUCCUUCUGUUAUGUCAGACACUGAUACUACCCCUGCCCUUUCCAUAUAAAUGCACAUUUUCCUCAAGAACCUGUCAACUGAGCCUAGUAACAUGAUAUUGUUUUUUACUUUGUUCCCCAUGCAUUACUUCCUAGUUCCUAGUUAAUUCAUUUUAUAUUUCAUUCUAUAUUCAUCUUCUGACAGUCACAAACACAUUUUUUUCUAGAAUCACUGUAUAGACUGUAUAUUAGUGUAAAUACUGUUUUUAAAGUGUUUGUUUUUUUUAAUGCAUUCAUUCCAUCGUGUGUUUGUCAUGUGCUGCUGUAACAACUGUAUUUUUGAUUUUCAGAUACAAAACAACAAUUAAAAAAUGGUAAAA